AUGUCAUUUUCUACUACUGCCGGUACCAGCCGUACCAUUGAAAAGUUGGUCCCUGCCACAGAUACGGGCAAGUUGAAUCGGUUGAUUGGCACCUUGGACAUUGAUGGCCAGGGGACGGACCAUCCAUUGGCGGAAGUCGAUCCGUUUAUUCUAUUGGAUGAGAGUACCAUUCCAAAAAAUGCCAUGCCGCCCUUUGGAGCUCAUCCCCACCGUGGACACAGUGUGGUGACCAUCUUGACCCAGGGCAAAUAUUCGAGUUGGGAUUCCUUUCGUCCAACCACGUCGGAAAAACAUGCCAUGACCGGACACGCAUCGUAUUGGGUGGAUGCCGGAUCGGGUGUGUUUCACGACGAGCAGUCUAUUAUUGAGAACGAGGACGACCCCACGCAGCAUUGUCGUCUCUUUCAACUAUGGGUGGGCGUCAAACAAGAGGACCGAUUGCUACCGCCCAAGGUCCAGAUCGACAAUGAUUUGCCAAGCUUUGAUUGCAAAGAUCCCGUCAGUGGUACCGUCGUUGGAAAGGGCAUCUACCAUGUGGGACCGGAAACCAAGAUUGUGACACCUCACCCCAUUGUGGUGGCAUAUAUUCGACAAGAGCCCAAUACGGUCUACCACGUCCCAGUGGAUCCCACCCAUGCUGGAUUUGUCGUUCAUAUCCAAGGUCAGUCCAAGUUUGGAGAAGGGACCAGCACCACUGUACCCACAAACAAAAAUGACGUCUUGGUAUUAUCUACUACAUGUAGCAGUGGCGACGCCAAUCAGUUUUUGCGGGUUGAAACCAACCAGGAGGCAGGAGAAUACCUAGUCUGCACCGGCGAACCCCAUGGCGAAAAAUGGGCCAAAAAGUUGGUGGCCAAUGGUGCCAUUAUUGCGGCCACUGCGGAAGAAGCUCGCGCUCUGGCACCUUCUGUAGAAACCAUGGCAGCCAGCGGAAAAGCCGGCAAGAGUUUUGCUCCCUUUGGAAUGGAAUAA